AUGGUCUCUGCUCUCACCAUCCUCCUCCUCGGCUGCUGGCUGGCCGGGCGGAGCGAGGUGUCCGGAGAGCUCCCUGCGCCCGGACCCUCCAUCUCCGUCAGCCCCAGCGGGGUGAUCGCCCUGGGGGGAGCCGUGACCCUCCGCUGUCAGUGUCGGUGCGGGGCCAGGAGAUUAUUUCUGUAUAAAGAUGGAAUCCAAAUCUGGGAGCUGGAUGCUGGGGACGGGGGUGAAUUCACCAUCCCCAGCGCCAGACGCGGAGACGGAGGGUUCUACAGCUGCCGAUCUCGCUCCAGAUUGGAACUGCCCAACUGGUCGGAUCCCCGUGAUUACCUGCGGAUCAUUGUGGCAGAGCUCAGCUACCCCAAACCCUCCAUCUCCCUGCGUCCCCGUGGGGGAGUCGCCCUGGGGCGAAGUGUGACCAUCCGGUGUGAGUGUCGAUGCCAGAAAGCGACGUUCCUCCUGUAUAAACUUGGAAACCCGGACGUACGGCACUGGGCAGUGACUGCUGGGGACGUGGGUGAGUUUCCCAUCCGCAACGUGAGCCGUAGAGACACAGGGAGCUACAGCUGCCAAUAUGGCACCAAAUCGGACCCGCCCGUCUGGUCGCAUCCCGGCGACCCCGUGGAGCUGAUGGUAGCAGGUGAGGGGCCCGGCUCAGUAUCUCCGCUCUGUGACAGGGUUCCCGGGCUGGGUCUAUGGAACCGCUGGACCCGCUGUCCCACCAACCUGGGGUUUCCCUCGCAACUCUCCGAGCACACGGGGUCCAGGACAGGGGCUCCAGAUUACACCCAGGGCAACAUCGUCCGUCUGGCCCUGGCCGCCGGGGUCCUCCUGGCCCUGGCGUUGAUCCUGGCUCAGGCUGCCCACGGAUGGAAGAGGGGCAGAUGCUAG